AUCCAAACAGUGAUGAGAGGGAAGCGCACCUGUUCAGUUCGACGGCAAUGAUUUGGCUUUUAUGGAUUUCCGUUGCCAUCAGUGUGCUCGUGCACUGGCUCUAUAAGGUAAACAAGGAGUACUGUGUUCUGGCCUUCUUCGCCAGAAGACUUCGAUCCAAGGAUGGCAGACCUCUGGAGAGCAUAGUGCCCAUGCCAAAGGGUGCAACUUUGUUUGCCAACUGCUUUGACUUGUAUGGAAAAGACCCAGUUGAAGUUUUCAGCUACACUCGCGAGCUGGCAGCGAGAUUCGAUAAUAGUUAUGUUGAAUAUAGCUUUGGACUGUCCAAUUUCCACGUUACCGAUGCACAUAAUGCGGGGAACGUACUAAGCGAUCCGAAUCUGAUUACCAAGAGCAUGAUAUACGGGUUUCUACAUCCAUUCCUGAGGACUGACCUACUGACAGCGACGGAUAAGAAAUGGCACAAGCGGCGAAGUAUGCUCGCAAGGACUUUCCAUUUCGACAUAUUAACGCAGUUUCAACAGAUUUUUAAAGCGGAGAGCUUGAAGUUCAUUCAUCAAUUCGAAGAUCAAAAUGAGUGCAUUGUAUCUCUACCAGACCGUGUAGCCAGAUUUACCUUAAACACAAUUUGUGAAACUGCCAUGGGCGUUAAGCUAGAUGAAAUGGCAGAGAAAGGCGAUAGAUACCGAGAAAGCUUCCAACGAGUAAACGAAGGAUUCUUUAAACGCUUAACUAAUCCCCUCUUUUGGGACGAUUGCCUUUACAACCUCUUUGUGGCCCAGGGUUGUUCCUCGGUCCUUAAAGUGGUUCAUGAGUUCUCCAGCGAGAUUAUCGCCAAACGCAGGGUUCUUCUGGAGGAAGAGCUUGAGUAUAGACGUGCUACUCAAUCGGCUGACGAUGAUAUAUGCGUAGCUAGGAAUAAACCUUUUGCCAUGCUGGAUACUUUGAUUUGCGCUGAGAAAGAUGGCCUGAUCGACAAUAUCGGCAUUUGUGAGGAGGUGGACACCCUGAUUGCUGAAGGUUACCACACAACCUAUAUUGGUCUAGUUUUUGCCCUAUUGACUAUGUCUCUUUAUGCUGAAGAGCAGGAACUCUGCUACCAGGAGAUCCAGGAGCACAUUGAGGACGACUUAAGCAACUUGAACAUUGGUCAGUUAAAUAAACUAAGCUACCUGCACUACUUUUUGAAGGAGACCAUGCGACUUUAUCCCUCCAUUCCCAUGAUUGGGAGGCAGACAGUUCAGGAGACGGAGCUGGACAACGGUUUAGUUCUGCCAAAGGGUUCACAGAUUAAUAUACAUGUCUUUGACAUCCAUCGCAAUCCGAAGUACUGGGACUGCCCGGAAGAAUUCCGCCCUGAGAGAUUCCUGCCCGAGAAUUGCCAGGAAAGGCAGCCUUACGCCUACAUUCCAUUUAGUGCCGGACAAAGAAACUGCAUAGGUCAAAAGUAUGCCAUGCAGCAGAUGAAAACCCUUAUAGUGGUCAUCCUCAAGCAGUUCAAGAUCCUGCCAGUUAUCGAUCCGAAGUCCAUUGUCUUUGCAGCGGCAGCAACCUUGAGCUUCAAAAACCAAAUAAAAGUCAAUCUCGUGAGGCGGAAAUGCUUUAUUCUGGUGGGGCAUUCGUGUGGUUGCCAAGAAAAAGCUCGAGUGGAACGAGAGUUGAGAACCGAACACCCAAACAGUGCCGAGCGUGAAGCCCACCGAUCCAGUUCGACAGCAAUGAUUUGGCUUCUGUGGCUCUCCGUCGCCCUAAGUGUGCUCGUGCACUGGAUCUAUAAGGUAAACAAAGACUACUGCGUCCUCGCCUUUUUCGCCAGGAGAGUUCGAACAAAGGAUGGAAAGCCCCCGGAGAGCAUAGUUCCCAUGCCCAAGGGGCAAACUAACUUUUCCAACUGCUUUGAUCUUUAUGGGAAAGACGCUGCCGAAGUUUUCAACCACUUGCGCCAGCUGGCAAAGAAAGCCGGUGACAGUUAUCUUCUAUACGGCAUGGGCUUUCCCAAUUACAACGUUAUAGAUGCCCAUAAUGCGGCUAAUAUACUGAACCAUCCAAAUUUGAUAACAAAGAGUGUAAUAUACAAUUUUCUACAUCCAUUCCUGAGGACUGGCGUACUGACUGCGACAGAAAAGAAAUGGCAUACGCGACGCAGCAUGCUUGCUAGGACUUUUCACUUGGAUAUAUUGAACCAGUUCCAGGAGAUCUUUAAAGCGGAGAGCUUGAAGUUUGUCCAUCAAUUUGAGGGCCAAGAUGAGUGUGUGGUCUCCCUGAGAGACCGUAUAGCCAGAUUCACGCUAAACAGCAUUUGCGAAACUGCCAUGGGAAUUAAGCUAGAUGAAAUGGCAGAGAAGGGCGAUCGCUACCGAGCGAACUUCCACCGAAUCGACGAAGGUUUUACGCGGCGAAUAAGUAAUCCCCUCUAUUGGGACGACUGUGUAUACAACCUGUUUGCGGCCCGCGACUAUGCCUCAGCUCUAAAAGUGGUUCAUGAAUUUUCCAGCGAGAUCAUCGCCAAGCGCAGAGUUCUUCUGGAAGAAGAGCUUGAAUACAGACGAGCCACUCAAACGGCUGACGAUGAUAUAUGCGUCGCCAGAAAGAAACGAUUCGCCAUGCUGGACACCUUGAUUUGCGCUGAGAAAGAUGGCCUAAUCGACAACAUUGGCAUUUGUGAGGAGGUCGACACUCUAAUGGCUGAAGGUUACGACACCACAUCUAUUGGUCUAGUCUUUGCCCUAUUGAAUAUGUCUCUUUAUGCUAAGGAGCAGGAACUGUGCUUCCAAGAAAUCGAGGAGCAUAUUGAGGACGACUUGAGCAACCUAAACCUUGGCCAGUUGAAUAAACUGAGUCAAUUGAACUACUUCCUAAAGGAAACCAUGCGUCUGUAUCCCUCUAUUCCCAUUAUGGGUCGUCAGACGAUCCAGGAAACGGAGCUGGAUAAUGGCUUAAUCCUUCCGAAGCGUUGCCAGAUUAACAUACAUGUCUUUGACAUCCAUCGCAAUCCAAAGUACUGGGACUCCCCCGAAGAAUUUCGUCCGGAAAGGUUCCUGCCCGAGAAUUGCCAGGAAAGGCAUCCCUACGCCUACAUUCCAUUUAGUGGAGGACAGAGAAACUGCAUAGGCCAAAAAUAUGCCAUGCAGGAGAUGAAAACCCUGCUAGUAGUCAUUCUCAAGCAAUUCAAGAUCCUGCCAGUUAUCGAUCCCAAAAGCAUUGUCUUUCAAACGGGUAUAACCCUGCGCUUCAAAAACGAAAUAAAAGUCAAGCUUGUGAGGCGGAAUCGCGUCUAGUAUCUAUUGAUUUAAGGAUAUUCCACAUAUAUGCAUUCUCACUAAGUGCCCAUACGAUUUAAGUACUUUGCUAAUAUUAAAAGACUAAUUGACCCUGACAUUUCUUUGCUAAACGUCAGUGUCGUGGCAAAGCAAUUAAUAUUAAAGACUAAUUUUUACCUAAAAGACCAAUGAUUAUAAUAAAUGUACCAGAAAUUGUGUCAAUGUUGAAAUUGCAA